GUGCAGUCACACAAACAAGACAUAAAAAAUAAUAACAGCCGACGAAACCCUUUGGAAACCAUGGAGCUCACCCACUUCCACGUACGCGACAGCCACCAGACUGUUUGAGCAGCUGGCCAGAGUGCCGGCUGCGCGAUCCAACUGCCCCGGGGAGCCCACUCCGUCGGAUCGCCAGAACAGAACACCGCCGAACGCCCAACGCACCACACACGCACAUCUGGCCACCGCGAGCGAUUGUAAACAAACCCGGGAUAUGUUUCAGCACCGCGCCGGUUGUUGAACUCUUGACACUUGACUGCGAAUAGAUAGAUAAUCGCCUGCGGGUUCAAUAGGAACCCGAAUAAGCGAACGGCCGAGUCAGCACCGCUGGGAAUUCAAUCCGAGAGAACCAACGAAACGCGCCACAUGUAUGCCUACAAGAUGGGUCGAGUUCCGGAGCUGGUCAUAUGCUCCUUCAUCGUGGGCAGCCUGCUGGUCAUACACUUCUUCUCGGAUCUGCUGAGAGCCUCUUUGGGCGGCUACUACAACCAGGAUGUGACACUUUCCCAGCUGGUCGAGUCGCAGAGCUCGGAUUACGCCUGGUUCCUCAAGCUCCUGGUCAAUUGCUUUGGCUACAGCUGCGUCUUUGUGCCGGGCUACUUGAUCUACAAGUAUGUGGGUAGGACCAACUACCUGGAGAGGGGCAACAAGACUUUCCUGCAUAGGGCCAUCAACAUGUGCAUCACGGGCAACUCCGGAUACGAUCAGCAGGAUGCUGUAGGCAGUUCAGCGGAUAAGGAACGUCCGCCGGCAACUGCGGCCGCCAAGCGAACAAGUUCGCAAGAGGCAGUGCAGCUUUUUUGGUGCUUCGGCGGCCUGAUGAUCUCCUACCUCACCUGGGGCGUGCUCCAGGAGAAGAUAAUGACGCAGAACUACCUGAACUUUGCAGGAGAAAGUGCCAAGUUCAAGGACUCACAAUUUCUGGUGUUCUCCAACCGAUUGCUGGCCUUCCUCGUGGCCCUGGCCUAUCUGCAAUGGCAGCCCUCGCCAGUGCGACAUCGCGCUCCGCUGUACAAGUACUCCUAUGCUUCCUUCUCGAACAUAAUGAGCGCCUGGUUCCAGUACGAGGCGCUGAAGUUUGUCAACUUUCCCACGCAGGUGCUGGCCAAGUCCUGCAAGAUCAUACCCGUGAUGCUGAUGGGCAAACUGAUGUCCAAGGCCAAGUACGAGAGCUACGAGUAUGUGACGGCCCUGCUUAUCUCCUUGGGCAUGAUAUUCUUCAUGAGCGGCUCCUCGGACAGCAGCAAGGCCAGCGGAGUGACCACGCUCACGGGCAUCUUCCUGCUCUCCAUGUACAUGGUGUUCGACAGCUUCACCGCCAACUGGCAGGGAUCGCUCUUCAAGGGCUACGGCAUGACCCCGCUGCAGAUGAUGUGCGGCGUGAACCUGUUCUCCUCCAUCUUCACUGGAGCCUCGCUGUCGAUGCAGGGCGGAUUCAUGGACUCCUUGGCAUUUGCCACAGAGCAUCCCAAGUUCGUGUUUGACAUGGUAGUGCUUUCUGUUUGCUCAGCGGUGGGACAAUUGUUUAUCUAUCACACAAUUGAUGUCUUCGGCCCAGUUGUGUUUACCAUAAUAAUGACGCUGCGUCAGGCCGUGGCCAUCAUGCUCUCCUGCUUCAUCUACCAGCACAGCAUUUCGCUGCUGGGCAUCUUUGGUGUUCUGAUCGUCUUCGUGGCCAUCUUCCUGCGGGUCUACUGCAACCAGCGGCUGAAGGCCAUCCGCAAGCGGGCCGAGGCUAACAAACCGAAGAUGGCUGUCUAGAAAUUGGGACGGGGGCAAGCCGAAAAUUCAACGCACAGACUUCCUAGCUCAGCUUAAUUAUUGUACUGAUAGUAGCUCAUGGGAGGUUCCACUUCCGCAGGUCAAACAGAGGCUGCUUGGACUCCCCGCAAGUUGUACAGUUUUGUUUUCCUAGUUCUAAGUUGAAUGUAUACUUAUACUAACCGUAAGCGUAGACGCCUAACGAUCACUUUGUGUGCUUAAAUACACUUUUUACAUGUAAAGGUA